AUGUCCGUCCGCGCGUGCGCCGCGCGCGGGGCCUCGCUUGACCCCGGCUCCGCGCUGCUACGUCUGUGGCUGCGCGCAUGCUUCAUCACGGCGCCUCGCUCCGGCCAACUGGCUCCCCUCCGUACAGGCGCUGGCUGCAGCUUCUGUUCGAGCGGGCCGCCAGCUCCUCCGCGACUUGCCUCCCGUGCGCGAGCCCCCGCCCGUGCUGGUGCAGGUCACCACGCCCGAGCUCCUCCGCCUACGCGCGCCCCCGUGGCCUCAACCGCCGGCUGCCGCCCGGCCCAUCCACCUCCUGCCCGGCGCCGACUCCGCGCGAGCGCCCCCGACGGGCCACGCCCGAGUCCUCCGCGGCCGACUGCCCUACGCGCCGGGUCGCCGCGGUCGCCUCCCUCCCCGCAAGACUGCCAGCCGGCUCCACACCUCCGCACGAGCGCCCCCGACGGGCCAUGCCCAAGCCCUCCGCGGCCGACUCCCCUGCGCGCCGGAUCGUCGCGGCCCCUCCGCCCCGCCCCAUGGCCGCCUCCACGCGCUGGCCUUGCCCGGCUUGCCCCGCACCCGCACCGCUUGGCCCCGGCGCGCCCGCCGACUCGCCAUCUCCUCGCCGUCCGCCCGCGCCAACUCCCGCUCUGCCCGCGGGCCCCUGUCGGGUCAACGCGCCCACGCGUCUGCCCCGCCGAGUCGCCGCGCCCGCCGGUGGCCGACUCCGCCUCCGCCCACGACCGCCUGCUCGCCUCGGCCGGCUCCCGAAGUCGCCGCGCCCGCCUGCGGUCGACUCCGCCCGCGCCCCCGCGGCCGGCCGACUCACCUCCCCGGACAGCCGGCUCCGCCCGCCACCCGGCCGGCCUGCUGCCGGCCGACUCGCCUCCCCGGACGGCCGGCUCCGCCCGCGCCCCCACGGCCGGCCGACUCGCCUCCCCGGACAGCCGGCUCCGCCCGCCACCCGGCCGGCCUGCUGCCGGCCGACUCGCCUACCCGGACGGCCGGCUCCACACGCGCCCCCACGGCCGGCCGGACUCGCCGCCCCGCACCUCCGACCUCCGGCCCGAGCACCCCCGCCUCCGGCUUGGUUUCGUCCGCGCCUCGGCGCCUGCCCCGCCUCGCGGCCCCCUCUGCCUGUGCGCCCCAUGGCCGGCUGCGCCAUGCCCGUCGGAGGCCGGUUGCGUCCCGCACCGGCUCGCGCCUGCGCCGGCCGCUUCCCGCCUCGGCCGUGGCCUUCGCUGGCCAGCUGCCUAG